UUUUCACAUUUUCAAAAAUUCUUCUCAGUUACAAUGUGUGUUUUUCAAGUUUCCAAUCUGUUUUUGGUCACUUUAAGCUGAUCCUGAUUUGACCCCACACAGGAGCAGCUGGGUGGCUGCAUGCAGGACAGAUAUGGGUGAAGGUUCGAUUCCCUCGCGGUGCGACGAGCUGAAAUCAGUCUGAGGGGAGACCUACGCUCUGCUGCAUUACCGUUCAGACGUAUUCGUGCUGUACAGUGAGAUGACCUGUACACUCAGAAUCCUGUUUCCUGUCGGACAUCUGGAGGUACCGUGAUCGUCACUGCAGGCCGAACUGCAGAGGUUCUGCUGGAAAGACCAGAUUCUGAGGUUAGACUGCGGUUCCGCUCUAUGGGCAGCAGGGGGCGACCCCGCUCUGUCUGUCUGCUUAGAUCCGCAGAAGAAGAAAGACUGGCAGUACGCAUGCGCGGCGUGGCCAGAGUGUCCCGGGCUUAGUAGUUUGGAUCUGGUUCAGGGUCACCAGGCGGGAUUCGGAUGUUCCGGCUGGUCCGGUGGAGGCUCCGGCCCGUUCGCGGGUCUUCGAGCUCGCUGUCGGCGGCCUCGCGGCGCGCCUGCAGCGGCUUUCCUCCCGGCUUUCCCGCCGCGCAUGUCCGCAGCGCCUUUCUGGACUUUUUCCGGCGGAGACACGGACACCUGCUGGUUCCGUCCAGUCCGGUCCGGCCCAGAGCUGACCCCAGCUUGCUGUUCGUCAACGCCGGGAUGAACCAGUUCAAGCCGGUCUUCCUGGGAACCGUGGACCCCCGGAGCCCGAUGGCGGCGUACCGCAGAGUGGUGAACAGCCAGAAGUGCGUCCGCGCCGGCGGCAAACACAACGACCUGGAGGACGUGGGCCGAGAUGUCUACCACCACACCUUCUUUGAGAUGCUUGGAAACUGGUCCUUCGGAGACUACUUCAAGGCGGAGGCUUGUCAGAUGGCGUGGAGCCUCCUCACGGAGCAUUAUGGGAUUCCUGCGGACAGACUGUACGUGUCGUACUUCGGGGGGGACGCGGCGUCCGGGUUACCUGCGGACGAGGAGACGCGGAGCAUCUGGCUGGAUGUCGGGGUUUCUCCCGGACGCAUCCGGCCCUUCGGCCUGACGGACAACUUCUGGGAGAUGGGGGACUCGGGGCCGUGCGGGCCCUGCACCGAGAUCCAUUUCGACCAUGUGGGGGGUCGAGACGCCGCCGUCCUGGUUAACGCUGGCAGUCCAGAUGUGGUGGAGAUCUGGAACCUGGUCUUCAUCCAGUACAACAGGGAACCGGACUCCAGUCUCCGGCUGCUGCCCCGGUUCAGCGUGGAUACCGGGAUGGGACUGGAGCGACUGGUGACCGUCCUGCAGGGCAAACGGUCCAACUACGACACGGACCUGUUCACGCCUCUGCUGCAUGCCAUCCAGCAGAGGGCCGGGGUGGGGCCGUACUCCGGCAGAACCGGUCCAGACGUCGGAGGCCAGGUGGACUUGGCCUACAGAGUGGUAGCCGACCACAUUCGGACUCUAUCGGUCUGCAUCGCCGAUGGCGUCCAUCCGGGAAUGUCCGGCGCCGAGUUGGUGUUGAGGAGGAUUCUUCGGCGGGCGGUUCGGUUCUGCACGCAGGUCCUUCAGGCUCCACAGGGAGCUCUGGCGAGCCUGGUUCCCACCGUCACACAGACGCUGGGCGACGCCUAUCCAGAGCUGAAACAGGAGGAGGAUCGGAUCAUGGACGUCAUCAAUGACAACGAGGUUCAGUUCCUGGCAUCCCUGCAGCACGGCAGCCGCAUCAUCCACAGCACGCUCAGGAAGCAGGACUGCAGGAAAACCGGAUUCCCUGCUUCGGUGGUAUGGACCCUGCACCGGGACCUGGGUUUUCCUCUGGACCUGGUGGACAUGAUGCUGGAGGAGAAAGGUGUCCAGGUGGACCGGCAGGAUCUGGAGCGACUCAUCUCAGAGAACCAGAAGGUGGCGUCUGAGAAGCAGGCAGGUGUUCGGUCCCAUGUGACGCUGGACGUGCACGUCCUGGCUGAGCUGCAGCGCCUUCAGGUUCCUCACAGUGACGACAGCCUCAAGUACCAGUACCGCCUGGAGAAAGACCGCUACGUUUUCCCAGCAUGCAGUGCCACCAUCCUGGCACUGAGCGACGGUCGGACUCUGGUGCAGGAAGUCUCUGAAGGUCGGCGCUGUGCGGUCAUCCUGGACCGGACCUGCUUUUACGCCGAGCAGGGGGGCCAGUCACAUGACCUGGGCUACCUGACUUGCAGCCGCCUGCAGGACAUGGUGUUCCCCGUGGAGAGGGUGGAGCGAGUGGGGGGGUACGUGGUCCACCAGGUCACCGCCACUGAAAACCUGCAGACCGGAGACCGGGUCCAGCUGCACCUGGACGGACUGUCCUGCAUGGUCAAACACACGGCGACCCACGUCCUGAACUUCGCGCUGAGGAAGGUUCUGGGCCCGGCGGUCCAUCAGCGCGGCUCUCACGUGGCAGCUGACCGGCUGCGCUUUGACUUCAGCGUGAAGGGCUCUCUCAGCGGGCCACAGCUCCAGCAGGUGGAAAGGUGCGUCCGGGACAUCGUGGCAGCCAAUCAGGCGGUCUACAGCCUGGAGCUUCCUGUGCAGAAAGCCAGGAGCAUCAGAGGACUGCGCAUGGUGGACGAGGUGUAUCCAGACCCAGUCCGGGUGGUGUCUCUGCACGUUCCAGUCUCCGAGCUGCUGGACUCGCCGUCUGACCCCGACACGUCUGUGGAGCUCUGCUGCGGAACCCACCUUCUGCGGACUGGUGCCAUUGAGGACCUCGUGAUCGUUUCGGAGAAGCAGAUGGUUAAGGGAAUCAGCCGCUUGGUGGCAGUAACCGGACAUGAUGCAGCACAGGCUCGGGAGGCGGGUCGGGCUCUGUCUCAGGAAGUAGACUCCUUGUCCGCCAGAAUGUCAGGCUCCUCCACAUCCAGCAUUAGCUCCGCCCAGUCUUUCUCCAAAGAGGCCAGCAUCCUUUCUGAUGCUGUAGACAACACUCCCAUCCCCCAGUGGCAGCGACAGGAACUGCAGGUCCGCCUGAAGGUUCUGCUGAGGACCGGCAACACCGCCGUCAGGAAACUGGAGCUCCGAGAGGCAGCGCAGAAGGCUCAGGCCGUCCUGGAGAAGAACGGCAGGAAGGCGGUGCUGGUGGAGUCGGUGGAGGCGGAGUCAUUAUCGGUUCUGAUGAAGACGGUGAACCAGUUGAGCUCGGCGGCGCCGCUCAGUCAUGUUAUGCUGCUCGCUCGCCACGCCUCUUCUGGGAAGGUCCUGUGUGCUUGUCAGGUUCCGAAGGACACGCCCAUCCUGGCGGCCUCUGAUUGGGCGGUAGCCGUGUGUGGUUACCUCAAGGGGAGCGCUGGGGGUUCCGCUCUGGUUGCUAAGGGAACCGGAACCGGCGAUGACAUCACAGAGGCCCUGAGAUGGGCCGAGGACUUUGUGGACCAGAAGCGACAGCGGUGAUGUCAGGAUUGAGGCUCCGCCCACAGACCAGAACGCUCUUUUCUUCCAGCAGGAGACGUUUCUGACCUCUGAGAAUCCAGCAGUUCUUCUGGAUCUGGGCCAAAAUACAGGCUGGUCCAGUCUGGCUUCCACAGAACAUGAGAACAUUGAUCAACAGAACCCAGGUCUGGACCCAAAGGUUCUGGUCUCCUUUAACCUCACUAUCUCUGGGAGCGUCUGGGUCCUUACAGGAGAAGGUGCAGCGAGUACCGGACUGGACCUGAACCAGAACCACUAAACUGCUGCUCCCACAGAAUCCCAGCUUGUUCUGACUCGGUUCUGGUCAGACGGGUCCAGUUAAGGUGGUGUGGUGUCCCGGUUCGGGAGAACGGCUUCAGAACUGUGGCGCCCCCUAAAGGGGCGAUGGUGAAGUUCGGGAUCCGUUUGUGUUUUCAUCUGCAGACGGAUCUACUGCAGGAUUUGAUCAUCUUCUCUUCAGAUAUCGAUGAUUUCUGUUUUCUUCUGGAAAAAACGAUCAUAAAAAGAUAAACUCUUCAACAAUAAACAACAUCAAUGUUGA